AUGACAGGAGUAUCUGAGGUAGCUCCCAAGCCUAUUGUUGUUGAAGAUGGUGUUCCCGUUGAUUCUAGCGUUCUAGAUGAUGAUUCUAAUGAUUAUUUCAAAGUACUUGGAAUACCGAUAAAGAAAAGGACACCUUUUAAUUUAUUAAGAUUUGUUCAAAAAUAUUCUACCUGGCCAAUGUCAGUUUACUUUCCAUUACAUGCUAUUAAUGUAUUGAUUGUUCCUGCUGUUUCGGUUACUGAUGUUCCCAAUGAAGUUUUGAUGAUGGUAAGAGAAUUACUCCCACCUUCUUAUAUUACCACCAAUAUUUUAGUAGGAACACUUUCUUUACACUUAGCUGCAGGUGUCAUGAUGAGAUUUCUGAGAUUGUGGAAUACUAAAGGUUCCAAUAACUCUAGUAAGUUAAGUCAAGGAAAUUCAAAUGAUGUGGGGUUCUUUAAAGGGCUAUUGACGCAAAAGUUCAUAGGGAUUAGGAGUUCCAUUAAGAAAACAUCACCACAAGUGCUUUCUGGUUAUAUAUUGACCCCAUUACUUGCUUACCAUUUGUUUGUAAUGGUAUAUGGCCCAAGAUUGGCUGAUUUUGAAGUUGACUUUUCUUAUGUCAAGUGGUUAUUACAACAGCACGAUUCAAUGAUAAAAUGGAUAGGCGGUAUUAUCCCACUGAUUAUGUUGAUAGGUUCAGGAACAUUCCAUAUCUCAACGGGAGCUAUUCAAUUCUUAUCAUUGAAGAGCAAAACAAUCAAGAGAUCUAUUUCUAAUGGUUCAAAAUUUUUAAUUGCCGCAGGGGUGAUUAGUGUAAUCAGAUUAGCAACAUGCUCAUUUGAUUCAUUUAAUGUGUCACAAUAUACAAAAGUGUUUGGCUACUUACGCUUUUAA